GUUUCAGGUAUUCUUCUAGUUUCUAAUCAAUUUUGAAUAAUUGUCAUGAUAUGCUUUUUCUGCUGCGUUGUAUGUCAUGAUUCUAACACAUCUAGCUCAAGUUCAUUUUUAUCAUCAUCCACCAACAUUAACGUCACAAUACUUCUUGAUACCGGGAAUUUCGUUGUCAGAGAUCAAACAAACUCAUCUGCUAUACUCUGGCAAAGUUUCGAUCACAUAACUGACACCUGGGUACCUCAUGGAUGGAUUGGAAUGAAUAAAGUCACCGGUGAGUACAAUGCUAUUACUUCAUGGAAAAACACUGAGGACCCAGCUCCAUGGCCUUUUAUGGAUACUAUAGACCCCAGUGGCCUCAACCAGUUUAUUUUCUUGUGGAACAAUUCGAAGAGUUAUUGGACUAGUAGAAUCUGGAAUGAAGAACCCUUCGGCUUGCUCCCUGGAAUGAGUGUGUACCAUCUUUACACUUACAAGUUUAUCAAUGAUGAUAAGCACAGGUAUUUCACUACAAAUCUCACUGAUGAGCGAUAUUUGACACGGAGCGUGAUGCACUCUUCUGGUCAAGUUCAGCAGUUGAUGUGGUUUGAUGAUGCUAAAGAUUGGGAGUUGAUCUGGGUGCAGCUAGUCUCUCCUUGUGACGUGUAUUCUGUUUGUGGAGCCUACGGUAUUUGUGAUCAAUCGAGGAAACCCCCUUGCACCUGUCCACAUGGUUUCACACUGACUUCUGUUAGAGAUUGGGAGCUUGAUGGAUGGAAUUCAGGGUGCAAGAGGAAAACCCAGUUGAAGUGCGGUUACAAGAACUCCACUUCCGGAGAAAAAGAUGGGUUUCUGCCAAUACCCAAUGUGCAUUUACCUGCAGACUCAAAACAGCAGCUAGGAGGAAAAGGUGCUGAAGAAUGUAAAUUGGCUUUUUUGAAGAGUUGCUCAUGUACAACUUAUGCUUAUGAGAGUGGGUGUUCAAUUUGGAACGGAGACAUUUGA